ACCUCUAGGAUGGAGGCGCUCGCUCCGACCCGACCCGGACAGGUGGGGCCGCGCAGCCUCCCCAAAGCACCCAGUCCCCCGACACUUGCAGCUGCCUCGGCCCGCACCCUGAGAUCUGGCGACCCCACCUCUCCCCGACCCGGCCGAAGUGUGAUGCCGCCCGGGGCCCCGCCUCCCGCCGCCGCGAGCCCCUGGCCGUGAGAGGGAGGGAGGCAGCUCUGCGGAGACGGUCCGCUCCGGGAGGGCGCCCCCGGGCGGGAGGACCCGCGCUCGCAGUGCCUGGCGGCGCGCACGCUCAUUUGGGCACCGGCGGGCGGGGCGGCGUGACGUCACCCAUUGACCCCCACCCCAUCCCGGGCGAGGGGCGGUGGCCUCCCAGGCUCCACCGGACGGACGCACGGAGGCACCGGGACGGAGGGACGGGCGCGCGGCCAGGCCAUGCCCGGGGAGGCGGCCCGCGCCGAGCUGCUGCUGCCCGAGGCGGGCGGCCCGGGGGUCCGCACAGACGGGUCCUGUGACACGGCCGCAGCCACCACUCCCAGAGGGGACCAGCCUGAGCAGUGUGCCCUGACCCCUGGGCCCAGCCCCCUGGACCUCACCUUCCUGCUCAGCAAGCCGGGUGCCCGGCCCCCGCCUGAGGGAGCCAGCGGGGAUGUGGGGCCUGGCCGGGCGCUCUCAGCCUGGGCGGUCCCCAUGGAGGGGGGCCCCAGCCCAAGGCCCCCCGAGGUGCAGCCUGCCGAGCGGCCUCUCCUAGCCACCCUGGAGCCCCGGAUUGUGAUGGGGGAGGAGACGUGCCAGGCACUCCCACUACCCUGGGCCGCCCCGCCACAGCUCAGGGACCCGGAGGGGGGGCCUGCCAGCCUGCACUCCCCCGCGUCGUGUUCUCGGGGUGACCCUCCUGUGCCUUUUCCUGCCCCAGACCCCGAUUCCUAUUUCACACCUCCUUCCACUCCCAGUGAGACCCCUGCCUUGCUCCCCAGCUCCGGGCCCUGCAGGGACGCCCAGGCUGAGGCCAGGCCCGUGGGGGACUCACCGCCCACCUCACCCUCAGGCUCCUACGUCACCGCGGACACAGAAAGCUGGGCCUCGUCCCCUUCCCCUUCCUGCUCCCUGAGCCUGGCUCCCGAGGAAGGGCUAGGGGUGCCCUCGGGCCGCGGCUUCUCCCCGCCCGGUUCUGAGACGCUGGAGCAGGACUGGCCCCCCACAGGGUCCCCGGGGUCCUCGUCCCCUGAGUCCAGCCUCUCCACGGACAGCAGCUCCUCCUGGGACCAGGAGGGCCACUUCUUCGACCUGGAUGUCCUGGCCCAGGACCCAAUGAUCCCGGCCGCCCUCCUGCCGUUCCGGGGCAGCCUGCUCUUCCAGGUGGAGGCGGUGGAGGUGACGCCCCUGUCCCCCGAGGAGCGGCAGGAGCAGGAGCCAGAGGCUCCAGCCGCCGACGGGGACGGGGCCAGCGACGACAGGGACGACAGCACCUUCGCCUCCUCCCUGCGGUCACUGUCCGACCUGUCAGUCACCGAGGGCGUGGACGAGGCCUUCGCCUUCUGGGACGACACCUCUGCCGCCUCCUCGGACCCGGACUCGGCCUCCUACCCUGGAGCAGAUGACGAGAGACUGUACAGCGGGGAGCCCCACGCACAGCCCGCCGCCGCCCUGCAGGUCGGCCCCGUGGUCUCCGAGGGAGACGUGAGCACGUUAGUCCCCGGGGCCGGCCCCGCUCCAGGCCCCGUGCCCCCGGUGGCCCUGGCCCGCCACGCCCCGCUGGAAGCCUCAGGGGCCACAGAAGUGACCGCUCAGGCUGGGUGGCAAGGAGCAGGCCUCAUCGCUGGAGCAGGGCCCGUGCCCAGGGCCACACCUGGGUCCUGGCAGGAGCGGGCCUGCACCACCCCGGCCCCUGAGCCCAGGACUGAGCCCCAGACCAUGCAGGGGGCGGGCAGGGCACCCAGCCCAGUCGCUCUGCAGGCCCCGAGGGCAGACGCAGGCGGGGCCCCCAGGACCCAGCCCAUGGCCUCCGCGGCCCAGGGGGCAGCUGAGGGGAAGGGCAUGGGCUGCACUGGAGACCUGGAGCCUCUGGACCUGAACCAGACCCGCCAGGGUGGCCGGGAGCUCGCUGCAGAUGCGGGGACAUCCUGGGCCUCACGUGGAGAUGCAGGCCCCCCCAAGCCUGCCUUGGAAACCCCAGACACCCCUGAGCCCGCCAUGGAGGCCCGAGACAGACCUGAACUCACCUCAGAGGCUCCUGACACCGCAAAGAUCCCAGACCCCCCCACUUUCACCCCGGAGAUCCUGGAGCCCACUGCGACCAUCCAAGACCACCCAUACACCCCCACAGAGGUACUGGGAACCCCAGGCCUCUCCAAGGAAGCCUUGGGCCCCCCUGAGCCUGCCUCCGAGACCCCGCACCCCCCAGAGGAUGCCUCGGAGACCCCGGACCCCCGUGAGGAUGCCUCGGGGACCCCGGACCCUCCAGAGGAUGCCUCGGAGACCCCGGACCCCCGUGAGGAUGCCUCGGAGACCCCGGACCCCCCAGAGGAUGCCUCGGAGACCCCGGACCCCCCAGAGGAUGCCUCGGAGACCCCGGACCCCCGUGAGGAUGCCUCGGGGACCCCGGGCCCCCCAGAGGAUGCCUCGGAGACCCCGGACCCCCGUGAGGAUGCCUCGGAGACCCCGGACCCCCGUGAGGAUGCCUCGGAGACCCCGGACCCCCGUGAGGAUGCCUCGGAGACCCCGGACCCCCGUGAGGAUGCCUCGGAGACCCCGGACCCUCCAGAGGAUGCCUCAGAGACCCCGGACCCUCCAGAGGAUGCUGCAGAGACCCCGGACCCUCCAGAGGAUGCCUCGGGGACCCCGGGCCCCCCUGAGCCAGCCUCCAGUGGAGAGGAAAGCGCCAAAGGCCUGCUGGCGCCCAACAGGGGGGCCCACCUGCCUGCUGGUGUGGGAGCUGAGGCCCCCGGGACAGGAAACCAGGGGGACAGAGGGUUUGAGUCAGCACCCCAGGGCGCUGGGAAGGCUCCUGGGAGCGGCUGCCCCGAGGGAGGGCGGGUGCAGCCCCAGAGCCCAGCAGAGGGCAGAGGGGGCCCCCCGGGGCCCAGGCUUCUGUCGGCUGUGGCUUCUGAGUCUCCACCCAGGGCUGUGCCCAGGGCGGGGAGCAGCUGCCCCGAGGAGCCCACCCCCGUGUCUUCACCACCCUCCUCCAGGCGGGAGCGGGUGCGAGGUGUGGGGGGUGAUGAGCAGGCCCAGGCGGCCCCCGGAAUCCCCGGCCCCUCCCCACUGCAGCCCCAGGACGGGCAACCAAGGCGUGAGCCCUCCGUGCCCAGGAUCCUCGCUGGGGCAGCCCUGCCCCCCGCAGCGGCCCCUGUCCCCUGCCCCUGCCAGGGUCCGCGGGAGAGCUCGGGGGACGGGGAGGACCUCCCGUCGCCCCAGGCAGGAGCCCCACGGGCCGCUACCUCCUCAGGAACCAGGACCCACCCCCGGGAGUCCAGGCAGCGCAUUGGCCUCCCGCCCCACCCCUCCCUCCUCGGCCCCAAGGUGACCCCCACGGGGGGCCUCCAUGCCAAAGACCCAGCCUUGCGGCCCCCACUCCCCUGCCAAGUGCCUCCUGGCUCCGGGCCCCGGGGCCCCGCCAGCCCUCAAGGGCCCCCAGCCACCCAGCAGCAGGACGAGCAGGACAGCCUGGAGGAAGAGCCGCCUCCGGCCCCUGGCAGCUGCUCGGACAGCCACGGGGAGUCGUCGGGGGAGCCAGAGGAGCAGGACCUCUCGAGACCCCAGGCCCCUCGGGGCCCAGCCCAGGCCGCAGCCAGUGGCACCGAGGAGACUGCAGCCAAAGCCAAGCAGAGCCGCAGCGAGAAGAAAGCCCGGAAGGCCAUGUCCAAGCUGGGCCUGAGGCAGGUGCCGGGCGUCACCCGCAUCACCAUCCACAAGUCCAAGAACAUCCUCUUCGUCAUCGCCAAGCCCGACGUGUUCAAGAGCCCGGCCUCCGACACCUACGUGGUCUUCGGGGAGGCCAAGAUCGAGGACCUGUCCCAGCAAGUGCACAGAGCUGCCGCCGAGAAGUUCAAGGUGCCCGCGGAGCCCUCCACCCUAGUCCCUGAGUCGGCGCCUGGGCCCCGGGUGCAGCCGGAGUAUGAGGAGGAGGAGGAGGAGGGCGAGGAGGAGGAGGAGGUGGACGAGGCGGGCCUGGAGCUGCGGGACAUUGAGCUGGUGAUGGCGCAGGCCAACGUGUCCAGGGCCAAGGCCGUGCGGGCGCUGAGGGACAACCAGAGCGACAUCGUCAACGCCAUCAUGGAGCUGACCAUGUAGCCACUGGCCAGCCGGCCCCCCACCCCAGUGCUGCUGCUCAACCAACUUCCACCCCUGCCCCGCGGCCCUCAGCCAAGCGGGUGAGGCAGGACCUCC